GAAAUUCAAAAAAUAUACUUAGUAGAAGAGAUCAGAGAAUUCAAAAAAAUUAUGGAAUAUUCUAAAAUAAUAAGGAAAUCUUAAAACAUUCUCCGAAAGGGGAAAAUGCGUUAAAAAUCCGCCUACAUUUUGUAUGGGCACUUAUUUGAAAUUCAUUUUUCGAGUAUUUUAAAAACAUAGUAAACUCCAGGAAUAAAGUUUAUCUUUAUAUUGGAUAAAACCGCUGCAGUUCAUUUAUCUGAAGGAAGAUAAAAUUUACCUAACGAAAAUAUUUGUUUGACACAUGAAAUAUGUCAAGCGUCUGCUUCUAGUUUCACCGCAAAAUGUCCUCCAUAAAUUUGAAAAUCUUUGCGCUAUUCAUUUUUUAAAUCGUCUCACUUUAUUUAAAUAAUUUUAAACAAAAAAAUAAUUCACCUACUCUUACAGACUAAAUAGGCUGAACUUUAAUUACUUUAUACUAAACAGUGUUUGUUUACAAUUUUUGAAGUCUUUAUCAGAAUCAACAGAAGCUACAUGUUUGUUCAACAAAGGUAAAGGACGAACUUGGCUGAGUGUUCAAUAUGAAGUAUAAACUAACCAAAGUGCAUAAGUACCACGAGGAUUUUCAAAUUUAUGGAGGAAAUUUUUUCGUUGAACAUAGAUGCAUCCGUUUGACAUGUCACAUAUGUUAAAUAAAUUUGAUCUUUCGUCAGAUAAACAUGCUGCAGCAUUUUUAUCAAAUUUCAAGAUAAAAUUUAUUUCUGGGGUUUAUUGUGAAGCAAAAUCUCGUCUUUUUUAAAUUGGAAAUCAAGUACACAAUGACAAUUAAGGGCCGCAUUGGGCAUCAGAAAUGAACGAUGAAUGGAGCGCAAAUCGGGAAUCCGAGUCACGUCUACGUUUACUUCCACCUGGAACGACUUCGACCACCGGCCUAUACACCAUCCACAACUAAACAUCAACCACCAGGCAAUUCGUAUGCAUCCUACUCCACCACGAACCGAUUUUCCUGGCAUGUAUCAUCGAAAACUGGGCAUCCUGCAGUUCAAAAAGCAUCUAGCGAAUCUACUCCCAAUGGCCAAUAUUCCCGGACCGGGUCAAUAUUUCACCAACGUUCGACGUUCCCGAGUUUUAUGUUUGCCGUUAUUCGUUCGUGGAUUUCGCAUCAAGUAACGUCAAUUUUUGACGCCGCUGUCUGUUAUGGAUACACUUAUGGGUUUGAAAUUCAGGCCAAUUCCAUUAGGAGAAAUUUCUUAUACAUGGACGCGAAUAUCGGAUGUACUUUCGGAAGAUCUACUACAAAAGUUGCUACUCGUGGUUGAGAUUUCUUUAAUACUAUAUAGAGUUAAAGUAGCAGGUAAAGGAAUUCUUUAGAUGUUUUAUUUCACUUUUGAUAUCCGACUUUUUAGAUUCUCAUCCUUAUGAGAAGGUAUUGCUUAUAUGUAAAAUUUCACUUUGUCGGUUUUCAUAAAAUCUUCACUUUUUGUGACCGCCAGAGUCAGAA